UGUGAUACAUAUUCUGAAAGAGCAACUCUUCUAGUAAUAAAUCUGAGAAUUUCAUCCAUCUCGGCACAACCCCUUCGGUCUUAAGGAAGUUUUAACUUACCUCACCUUUUUGGGGUUUUUCGAAGGUCAUUUCAUUAUGUUCAACUGAUUAUACCUUAACCAAAUGAUGAAAAAACAGGAAAAGGCAUGUUAUAAACAUUAGGAAUCUUCUUCAUGUUCAGGAUAUGUACAAUUUUACCGUAUAGUGAAAGAAUUAAUAGUGGAUGAAAUAAAGGGGUACGCCAAUGAAGUGAUCCAAACUUUUCGAGUCCUGCCCUGUGUAAAGAGCUGCCGUAUCCCGAAUAUCCCCUAGGAAAAGUCGCCGCAUUGUCUAGACUUCAAGGCUUCUAGUUUUCACAUCUAUACAGGAUAAUCCUCUCGGACAAGCUCUUUUUUUAUGGUGGUCCCCAGGCUUUUUGGAAGCAAUGUUAUAACGUCAGAUGCACUGGACUGAAUCUACUUUUUAACUGCCUAAAAACAUCCUGAUCUUUCCAUAACUUCAUAAUCAUUAUACAGGGUCUUCAGUGAAGCCAUGGUGGUAAAUCAAAUUCCCAUACCUUCGAAAUGUAAAGCUUUGGACGCAGCUCAAGAUGUCGAACAUCUUCCGAACCCAAAACGUGGAUUUUAUUGCGUCAUAAACUAAUAUUUUCGAGUACGACUGUUACCCUAAAUUGCCCGAAUUAUACCGGGUUCAUUUCGAAACAUACCUACCGGUGAUUGGUCGACAAAUUGCUGUUAAAUCCCACGAUUUCCGACUCUCGCAAAGUCGCGUUUGUCAACCUGGUCAGAAAGUGGCUUGGACGGUUUGAAAAGUGAACGUAGAAUGCGUCCUAAUGGAUUCUCAAUGAGCUAAUGGUGCGAAAAUUACAAGUACUUAUAGUAGGAUCGUUGAAUGUUUAAUUAGUUAUGAUCUGUGCGCUCCGGGUAUUGUGCAAUCUUUCAGAUCGUCGAAAAAAUAUGAAGGAAAGUGUGAUCAUCCCCAUAUUUGGGGUACUGAUACUCCAUAGCUGUUCCGCCUUAUCCACCCCAAACCCGAACACCCUCCGCGCCAGACGAGGCAUAUCGAACCCCAUAUUCUCGAGAGUGUUCAACCCCUACGAUAACAGACCCUUACCCCAGAAAUUCUUCGGCGACGAUUACGCCCCUCAACCAGUCCAAUACGACAGCCCCCAGUACUACUCCCUGUGGGACAGACAGCCAGUUUUGAAGGAGGUAGAUUCCGACGAAGAUCACAGAGAAUACUUCCCCAGGAAUUUCGGAAAACCCUAUCCAGCACCUUCGCACCCUUAUCCAGAACCCGCAAAACCUUCCACUUGGAAACCCUAUCCAGCGGCUUCAAAACCAUAUCCAGAACCAAUAACGAAACCUUAUCCAGCGGCUUCCAAACCAUAUCCAGAACCAAUAACGAAUCCUUAUCCAGCACCCAACAAACCACAAGUGAAUCCUUGUCCAGAACCGUCUAAACCUUAUCCAGGACCUCAGAAGCCUCAUCGGAGACCAGCGUUUGGUCGGUUGUUCGUGGAUGAAGUGGACAAGGACCUUCACUUCGAGAGAAACCCUAUAACAGGGCAGUUAGUGCCGGUUAUAACUGAAGGGAGAAGAAGCAGCCAAAACCAAUAUGGUACCUCGCGUUUCGAGGAAGGGAAAGAGACUGAGAGGACAACUACUGUUAAAGCUGUUGUAGAGGAUAAAACAGAGAGGGAGUACCAGUUUAAACUCCUACCAAACUAUGACAUCAAGACCAAAUUCGAUAAAUCAAACGAUAAAAAGUCCAACGUGGAAGACCAGAGGGUGAACAAAUUGGAGGAGACGAAGCACAAGAUCCUUAGGGAGUUUUACGGGUCAGACGAGACCAAGUGGCCUCAGAAUCCGUUAGUAACUCUGUUAGAGGAGCUCAAGAAUCCCCAGAAGUCACAUAAUGAACCUACAUUCAUUGUAACCUCGACUGGACGUCCAAGUAUCGUUUUACUGAGCCAGGAGGUUAGGAAUAAGGCCCAGGAAGAAAGACCAAGGGUGGAAACCUUCUCCGUACCUAAACCAACGAAAAAACCGUGUUUAAACAAGACCACCAAGAGACCCUUCCAACUGAGGUUCCCCCAAGUUGUUAGCACAGAAAGACCGGUUAAGAUCAACAUACGUGUGAAGGUCUCCAACGUGACCAAACCUCAACCAUUCACCUUCAGGAUAACCCCACAUAACCCAAGGGUUUCCGAGGAUUACACCCAGUUCCUAGCACCUCCAGCUUCGGUUAUUUACCAAAAAUUCAACGGUGAUGAUCAGUUUUUAAACGUCGAACCCUUCACUUCACCUACACCAACACAGAUAAUAUCGCACCUGUCCAAACAGGACCAGAGUAUAACAAGUUACACAGCCUUCCAAACAUCCAGAACACCACCAAAAGGUCUCCAGUUCAGGGUGUUCAACAACAAACUGGACCAGUCCGUCUUGGAAGGCCUGAAAGACCCUGAAACUGGAAAAGUGGAUCCUUCGGAACUGGAAAAGAUAACGCACAGGGUCUUCGUGGAGCCUCUUAACAGGAAGGAGUACAACGAGGUGAGGAAGCAGCUGCAGACUUUGGACUCGAGGAAAUUGAACAUUUUCAACGAGUAUGUGGCGGAGAAUAAGGACAGGUACGAUUUUAACACAGGAUCUUUCUCGAUUUUGGGAUCUCCUGGACCUAAGUCGCCAUCUGAUGAUCACCGAGUGUCUGGUAGACAAUUUUUCGACAACGGAAGGUUUUUUUCUAAGGUUUCGAAAUCCGAUGAGAAAAGCAAAUAUUUGGAGCAGGAUUUGAAGCCAAAAAGUAUAUUUAACGUUGGUGAUAUUCCCCUGGAUAGGCAGGAGAUAUGGGAUGGUGAUAGGAGGGUUUUGACUGAUUCUUAUGGAAAACUGACGAGUACCAAGUAGACUUACGACAGGCCAAAGAUGAGAUUAAUUUAUUGAUUAAUUUUAAGGUUUGGGGAUUUAUUACAGGUUAAUUUCUGCGGUAAACCUCAGUGGCUGUUUAUUUAUUUAUGUAUUCAACGAAAUAUUUUCGUGUUAACAUUCAGAGUUCAUUUGAGAACUUUUUGGCAAUGCUAUUUUAAUUUUGUAUAUAACUAUAGGUAUUUAAAUGAAAAUCCUCUAGAAUUUAUUUUUAUACCAAAUAAAUAUUGAAACAAUCAAG